CCUAGCCACACGGAACUGAGAUGCAGCCGCCGCAGACAGUCUGAGCUGCAAGACUGGGCUUCAGCAGAUUGGGACCAUCGUUGUAUUCAGAUGCAGCAGCGGUCUCGGGAAUGAUUAUCUUACGUUUCAUCGUGUUUCAACUCGUACAUUUCACAGUUCUGGCCGCCCAAAUCGUUCAAGUGGAGGAUUUGAUAACUGGAACCGCUGGGGAUGAGGUCAGGCUGCCGUGUUACUUGUCCUACAACGCGGGGGACGUAAGGUUGGUGCAAGUGACCUGGUUGAAGCGAGCUGAGAAGGGCAACGUGAACUUGGCCGUUUACAACCCGCGACUCGGCACCAGUUACCCCGCUGCCAUCGACAGGGUGACGCUCACCAACGUAACGGCUCCUAACUACACGCUGAGCAUCAAGCCCUUACAACUGCCCGACCAAGGUGCUUACAGCUGUGAGGUGAACAUGUUCCCCAGCGGAAAGCACGAGUCCCAAACACGGCUGUCGGUUCUAGCGAGGCCUUUGACUGAGGCGAUCUCGGUGCCUGUGGACACCUCGUUGUCAGAAGUUCCCGUCGCCAAUUGUACAGCGGCCAGUGGCAAACCGGCUGCACAGGUGGCAUGGAGUGGGAGCGAUGCAGGAACAGUCACCGUCACGGAGACUGGACAUGCGGACGGGACGGUGACUGUAGUCAGCCAAUACAGACUGAGACCCACCAGUGUGGACGAUGGCAAGAACGUCACCUGCCUUGUCACGCACAAAACCUUCACGGAUGUGAUCAACUUGACUGUGACAUUAUCUGUUCGCUACCCACCAGAAGUCACCAUUGCCGGAUAUGAUGGGAAUUGGUACGUGGGCAGUUCCGGACAUCGCUUGGCCUGCCUUGCCAGGGCGAGCCCUCCCGUUACCAGCUACCGCUGGACAUUGUCCACAGGCCCGUUGCCGCCGAAUGUGGAAACCAAAGGCGACUGUUUGUUGAUAACACACGUCGACUAUUCCCUCAAUGGCACGUGGGUGUGCGAUGCAACUAAUGCCCUCGGCAAAGGAAGCGGAAAAGUCACAGUUGUGGUCAAAGAAGCAGAUUCAACCAGUGCAGGAGCUGCUUUUGCGACCACUGUGAUCUACAUUACUGUAGGGGCACUGGUGUCAGUCCUGCUCGUGGUGGUCACCGUCACCAUAGCGAUGAUGAAGAGAAGCAGACGGCGGGUUGAUGGCACAAAGGAAGAAGUGAGCUCUUUCCCAGAGAAGAGCGGUGAAUUUGUCAUCCACGCAACCCUAAACUUUAAGGUUUCAGACUGUGCCCGUCCUUCAAGCAGGGAGAACAAUAAUCAUGAGGCAACAGUCUAUGCUGAUGUACACAUUGACUAGACUCAGCCCUUAUUGACAAUGUGGUUUCAUACUAUCGGAUAUCUAUCAGUUCAAGACUGUUGCAACGUUUCAACAACAUGGAUCAUUGCCGCGAACAAACUCACAACUAUAAAGACACAAGUGCUGCAGUAAUUCCAUGUUCUCCACAGAUGCUGCCUGACCCGCUGAGUUACUCCAGCACUCUGUGAAACGUCACCUAUCCAUGUUCUCCACAGAUGCUGCCUGACCCGCUGAGUUACUCCAGCACUCUGUGUCUCUCUGUGUCAAACAGCAUCUGCAGUUCCUCCUGAAUAUAUCCAUAACCAUCGCGCCGAGCGCCUCGGGUGGGAAUUGGGCUUCAGCAGAGACAACCCUGUCCUCACCUUCAGCUACAAAUCGAUGUCAAUACAUCAGUGCAUUCGCUUGUGCAGCCUCCAGUAAUUUGUUUGUAUUUUUUCAUUCCUUCGUCAAUAAAUGAACUCUGUCGCA